UUAUUUCCAGCAGCUGAAAAAAAGAAGGUAAUUACUGUAUUUAAUCAAAGCAAAUAAAUAUUUCCGUGUGUUUUAAAUUUUCGCAGUUACAAAAGAAUAUAAUUUACUUUACGAAUCAGCAAGAUUUGAAUCAUCAGCUUACCGACUUUCCUAUUGCUAUGACAACAACAAACUUUGAAUACAUGACAUUUUUGAAGAACAGAUAAAUGUAGACACAGCAUAAACAACCUUUCUUUUAAUGGCUCAUGUAUUUGACAACUAUUAACUACUGCAAAAAAAUCUUGGAUCUUAAACGUGGCUUUCAGUUUAACAUAGCUCGCACUUUAAAAGACAAUGACAUAUUCUUGUUAUUAAUAGAUUAAAUUUUUAAAAAUAAAUAACCAAAAUUGGCUAGAUAUUAAAAGCUUGGAACAAAGACGUUGUUUUUUAACAUGAAAGGAGAGUAUUUGUUCAUCUUGUUUAUCUACGUAGCUGGUGAUGAUAGUAGAGAGAAACCAGAUUGCGUAGGCUGGAUUCACACAAAAGAGAAUUGUUAUAAAAUGUACAAGGAUGAGAAAUAUUUCUUAUCCGCUGAAGAUAUGUGUUUAAGAGAAAAUGCACACUUGGUGUCAAUUUCAAACGUCGUUGAAAAUAAUUAUAUAAGUGAAAUUAUUAAUGGCGCUGAAAUAUGGAUUGGACUUAGAAAAGAAAAUUUGAAAUUUGUUUGGUUCGAUGGAUAUUCUACAUUUCGAAACUGGAUGUUUUCCACACCCACAAACAAAGGAAUAUGUGUGAAGAUGAUUUCCGGUGGAAGUUGGGUUGAUACAUCCUGCUAUGAAAUGCUUCCCUUUGUCUGUAAAAAAAAGAUAAAGUAUCCUGUGGAUACAGAAAGCAUGAAUUUAGCUGUGAUUAUUAUAGCUCCAUCAAUCCUCGUCAGCAUAAUGUUACUUAUCAUUAUUCCUAUGUUUAUAAACAGUUACCGACGCGAAGUUAUGGUAAUGAAAAAGAUGCAUGAUAUAGAGAUAAUUAAUGAGGUAAUAGCGCGCCGUAACGAAGCAGAUCGUACGCUUUUCGCAUAUGAAAAAGCAAUAAUCAGGUCCAAUAAAGGUAGUCCUGAUUGCAGUAUUAAAACUAACGGGACAUCUGAGGAUUCAAAUGAGAUUAUAUAUGAAGACAAUACACAAAUUGAUGAUAUUUUGAAUUCGUAUCAUAACAUCUUCUAUAUUCACGACGAAGAGUCAACUACCGAGUUUGGACCAAACUCAUUAUCGUACAGAGAAUGCAACGCUCAUGGAAUGACUCGAGAUUUUAACGGGACGGAAGGAGAAAUUAAAACUGUAGUUAGAAACGGUAUGAUUAAAAAUGCCCAUCAAUAUAUUUAUGAUUAUCCCGAAAGAAGUUAUAAAGCGGAAGUUGUAGAAGAUUAUGUACAGAUAUCUAUUCUAUAAAAAUUAGGUUGACUUAAAUUUUGGACCUCUUGCCAUAAUGCUAAUGCCGGAUUCCCAUUGUCGUACAAAUUGAUAAAGAUAUUCGCUGAUAGCUAUCUUCCUAGUUGUCAUUAUAAAUCACAGCUUUAGUCUGUGCACUAAUAAUAGCCGUAUUAUGUUCAAAAUGGUUGCGCACAGCUUUAUGUCGAAACGUAGAGUAAUUUAAUUGUGUAAUACCGAUGAAUAACGAUAACGAAAUGCCGAUGUGGAAGGUAAUUCAUGUGGGAUACUUCCACUGGUUAACGACUAGUUUAUAACUACUAUAUUAUUAAACUUUGCUGAUAAAAGCACGAACAAGAAUUUAGUCUUUAAGUUUUGAAACCCUCGAGAAAAAUUUCUGCAAAAAUUCCAAACCUUGUUUUAAGUUUUCUAAUUAAUGUCUACCUUGCACAGAGUUAUUUAACUACCAUUGUAAAGCUAUUCCUUUGUCCUUUCACUUUAUGCAAUAACAACGCUCUCCUUUGGUUUUGUUCUCCCUAUUGUAACGCGUUUAUCAUUUAACCUAAAAAUAGUCGCACAAAACACAUUUUUGGACCAAAAAUUUACGUGCAUAUACCAAGAGGUGUAAAAUGUAAACAAAACGCAAAAAAUAUUGAAUUCCCAUGUACUUUUAAUUUCUUUUCUUUGUUAGAAGCAUUUACAAGAAUACACCAGCCACGGUAAGUUUAAGCAAAUUUAAAAAUGGUUUGUUGGCUCCCAGCGAAAUUUAAAUAAAAUUACUUAUUAUGAGCAAACUAUGUUCAAGUUUCAAGGUCGAAAGAUUCCUCCCCUUGGUAAUAAAGUUUGGAAGGGGCUAGUCCACGACUGCCUGUAUUAUAUUUCCUUCGAUUUGCGUAAGACGUUGUUUGGGAAGCAUAAGCAACACCCACACAUCAUAAAACUCGUCUAUAUUUCCUGCAGAAGCCCUCAUCAAUUUUUAAAAUUUAAAGAGUAUACUUUUUGAUUGUAGUAAAUCUUAGAGACGUACAGGAACUUACAAAGUCAUAAAAAUACAGACUUUACAUCAACAUUACUUUUCCUGCAAGAAUUGUGUGGGCAAAAAUGGUGUUGACAAAUGAUAACAGAGAUUUGUGGUUUAAAGUUUUUUUUGAUGACGUCAUCAACCUGUUAGUCAUGAAGAGAGAAAUU